ACGCUUCCUGUGCACGGGUUGAAAAAGACGUUCUGCUUCUUUUCCGCUGUGCUUCUGCUGCAUUCCGCUUUCAAAGGCAAAAAGAGCGUAGAACGCGUUCCGUGCGUGUGUGAACGGCCCCAAAAUUACAGGCUUAGGACCACGCCUGUCCUGGAAGGAGGAGUGGGUCGGGGCGUAAGCGUAGAACUUUUUCACUGUCGCACUUUUCAACAGCUGCAAAGGAGCGCGGGGCGAAAAACAAAAGUUUGAAAAUGUCCGGCGUGGCAUCCACACUCGCCAAGAAGAGGGCCGAGGCCGCUGGCUUUGGAACGAACGCCAAUGCGGUGAAGUACCUGAACCAGAACUUCGAGGGUCUGAGGAGCGAGUGUCUGAGCCGCGGCCAGCUGUUCUGCGACCCUACCUUCCCGGCCGUUCCCGAGUCUCUGGGCUUCAACGAGCUCGGGCCACGAUCGGCGAAAACCACAGGCGUUGUGUGGAAAAGACCUGGGGAGUUGACCUCCAGUCCCGAGUUUAUUGUUGGAGGGGCAACAAGAACAGAUAUUUGCCAAGGAGGUUUAGGUGAUUGCUGGCUCCUAGCAGCCAUCGCUUCCCUAACCCUCAAUGAAGACGUUUUGGCUCGCGUCGUUCCGUCCAACCAGGGCUUUGGGCAAGACUAUGCUGGAAUUUUCCACUUUCAGUUGUGGCAGUUUGGGGAAUGGGUGGAUGUGGUGGUGGAUGAUCGAUUGCCCACUCGAGAUGGAGAACUGCUGUUUGUUCAUUCAGCCACAGGCUCAGAGUUCUGGAGCGCACUGCUGGAGAAGGCCUAUGCUAAAGUGAAUGGGUGUUAUGAAGCUCUGUCUGGAGGUUCCACCACAGAAGGCUUUGAGGAUUUCACCGGUGGAAUUGCAGAAAUAUACGAAUUGAAACAAGCUCCUUCCAACAUGUUCCAAAUCAUCAGGAAGGCCCUGGAUUCUGGAUCACUUUUGGGAUGCUCCAUCGAUAUCACCAGUCAAGCAGACUCAGAGGCCAUCACGUAUCAGAAGCUUGUGAAAGGACAUGCCUACUCUCUUACUGGAGCAAUCGAGGUUAAUUACAGAGGCCGGAAAGAGAAGCUGGUCAGAGUCCGUAAUCCUUGGGGCCAGGUAGAAUGGACAGGGGCCUGGAGUGACAACUCUUCUGAAUGGAAUGCCGUCGAUCCGUCCGAACGCGAGAAUGUGAAGUCAGAAGAUGGAGAGUUCUGGAUGUCAUUCUCAGAGUUUGCGAGGCAGUAUUCCCGCAUAGAGAUCUGCACUCUGACCCCAGACACGCUGACAUCUGACUCCGUCAAACAUUGGAGCGCGUGUAAGUUCGAUGGCACCUGGAGACGAGGCUCCACGGCUGGUGGAUGCAGGAACCAUCCAUACACCUUCUGGAUGAAUCCUCAGUUUAAAAUCAAACUGGAAGAGGAAGAUGAUGAUCCUGAUGAUAAUGAAGUGGGCUGCAGUGUGGUGAUUGGCUUGAUUCAGAAGAACCGGCGUAAGUUGAGGAAGUCUGGAGAGGACAUGCACACUAUUGGCUACGCCAUCUAUGAGGUGCCUUCUCAGUUCCACGGGCAAAAGGAUGUUCAUCUGGAUAAGAAUUAUUUCCUCACCCACGCACAAAAAGCUCGAUCUGAGACUUUUAUCAACCUUAGAGAAGUCAGCACCCGCUUCAAACUUCCUCCUGGAGAAUAUCUCAUCGUCCCUUCCACAUUCGAACCGCACAAGAACGGAGACUUCUGUGUGCGCGUGUUCUCCGAGAAACAGUCUGAGAUGCAAAAAUGUGAUGACCCUAUAGAGGCAAACAUAGAAGAUGAGACGGUGUCUGAAGAUGAGGUUGAUGCUGGUUUUAGGGGACUGUUCACUAAACUAGCAGGAGAUGACAUGGAGAUCUCUGCCACGGAGCUGAGAACAAUUUUCAACAAAAUAGUUGCAAAAAGAACAGAUAUUAAAACAGAUGGUUUCAGUUUGGAUACAUGUAGGGUCAUGGUGAACCUCAUGGAUGAAAGUGGCAAUGGUAAACUAGGGUUAGCUGAGUUUGCCACUCUUUGGAAGAAAAUUCAAAAGUAUCUGGUCAUUUAUAAGAAGAAUGACAUGGAUGGGUCCGGCUGUAUGAGUACACCAGAGAUGCGAAUGGCUUUAAAGGAAACAGGAUUCUCUCUGAAUGACUCCAUUCAUCAGUGUCUGGCGGCACGCUAUGGAGACGCAGACAUGAAGAUCGACUUUGAUAACUUCGUGUCGUGUGUGAUGCGCCUGGAGAUGAUGUUCAAAGUCUUCAAAAGGCUUGACGUAGACAGCAGUGGGUUCAUUGAGCUGGACUUCUUCCAGUGGCUGACGUUUGCUAUGGUUUAAAGGCCCAGAGGAUUAUUAUGAAUAGUAUUUUUGUUUUGCUAGUUAACUUACACCAGCGAUUCUCAGUCCUAGUCCUUGCGCCCCACCGCUCUGCACAUUUUGUAUGUUUCUCUUGUUUGUUCCAUUCGAAACACAUGCCAUGCGAAGUGGAAAUCACUGGAUAUGCUCUGUGCUUUAACAAAGAGACACACAAAAUAUGCGCGAGGUCUGGAAUCGAGAACCGCUGACUUACACAGAAGACCACCAUAUAGCGAAAUGCUUAACGAGUAUAGCGGACCUCCUGGGAUUUGUAAAUGUGUCCGUUGUACUUUGCAGUAGAUAUACAAGCAUAGUUGCCUGUUGUUUUAUUCGCAAUGCACUUUCCUCUUACUGCAGUGCUUGCAAGGCAUCAUUGUUUUGUUUUUUUGUUGCUGCUCCAAACUGUGUGGCUUGUUGAUGACAAUUGUGCAGUUACUUUAAGUGAUCAGACAUACGACUCACACCUGGUCAUAUAGAUUUAAAGAGCAAUCAAAGAUAUAUAGCCACCUUUUUAUUCCUGUAAGUCAACACUUUUGGCCAGUAAGCAGCCACAUAGCAAUGCUCUGGCAAUAGCAUCUUGUGUCUAUAUAUAUAUAUAUAUAUAUAUAUAUAUAUAUAUAUAUAUAUA